AUGGACGCACACGACGCGCUGCGCUCGCCCGCCGCCAAUGAAGCAGCGAACCAGACUUUAAGGUCGCGACGGCGCAACUCCCUUCCGCUGUCCAUCAAGACAUCCGACCCCCGCCCUGCGCAACGCUCCUCGCACUACAUCCGCAACGCUGCCACCUCGCCCCAGAUCAUCUCCUCGCUCAUCGACCAGCUGUCCGCCAUUUCCAUCCCUGCAAACAACCACUUCGAGAACCUGCUCGUGGGCUACGACAGCGCCCCUGCCCCCUCUGCUGCCCCUAGCCCGCGCGCCCAUUCGCACUCGGACAAGACCUCCAUCGCCACGGGAUACGAUGGCGCUUCGGCCGACCACGCCUCACUAAGAAAUCAAAACCACAUCGACUCGGACGACGCAUGCGAGCCCCCCGUUAUCCGCACCUCCAAGCCCCCCUCGGGCAAGUCGCCCCUGACCGCACCCAAGAAGGCCAGUAAGCCGCACUCGCUCAGCAACUACCUCGCCCGGAGCGGCAGCAGCUCCUGCUCCCUCCAGUCCAUACACUCGAACCGCUCCGCAAGCAGUUUUGGCAACAUUAGCAUUGAGGCGGGGCCGACGCGCCAAGUCUCCAUCGGCAGCAACAGAUCCUCCGUCGAGAGCAAGCGCAGUGUCAAGGCCCACAAGAGCUUGAUGUACAUGAGCUCGCGCGAGCGACUGCGGCAAAAGGAAACUGAACGAAAACGCGCAACUGUGCACGGCUUUGACGAUAUCUCGACUACCGACUCUCCAAGGAAGAAUACAACCCAUCUUUUCCCAUACGAAGAUACGAUCAAGGAGGAGCCAUUAUCCGCAAGAGACGACCUCGACCUCGAUGACCUCGACGACGAUCCCUCUCGCUUUGUCCCGCGAUACCCAAGUACACGCCGAGUCCGCUUGAAUCUAGUAGAUGGUCCAUACGGCGAGAGUCCAGCGGAGAAAGGUCUGAUCCCCAAACGUGGCUCAUCCUUGAGGCACACAGCUAGUCCAACACGCAAAUCUAGGAAGCAUCGCUCCGAAGAAAACAGCCGGCCCAAGUCCAGUGCAGCCACCACUGCCGUCAUCGUCACCAAACCUUCCGGACACAAGCACUCUUCUAGUGUCACUGAUGAAUCAAGUUCCAGGUUGACCCUGCCUUCACGGGCGGCCAGCGAAGAGCCCAUCACCCGCCACCGCUCCAUGCUUAUAUCGCCCAUGCCGGAUUCCCAUAGCGCGCAGCUCCAUCGCAAGCGCACGGGCGCCAAGAAAAGGUGGUCUCACCCCGACUUGCCAGCCAAAGCAGAGAAAGCGCAUAACGACAGAAUAGAACGAAAAGAGGAGAGCGCACGAGCGGCGGCCGUGCAAACUCCACCACAGCCGAUAAUUGAAGAGCGGCCUGCGAGCCGCGACUCCAUUGAUCUGGAUGUGAAUAAAUACCUGGAUUCGGAGCGCUUGUCGCAAAAAAUCCGGCAUCCCCAGACUGGCAGGAUUAUAUCCUUUUCCGAAGUUGGCGAUCCCCAAGGCUUUGCUGUCUUUGUCUGUGUUGGCAUGGGUCUCACGAGAUAUGUCAUGGCCUUUUACGAUCAGCUCGCUGCUACACUAAAGCUGCGACUGAUUACGCCGGACCGCCCUGGUAUUGGAGCAAGUCAAGUUGAUCCCAAUGGGACCCCCCUUAGUUGGCCUGAUGACGUCCUCAUCAUAUGUCAGGCCUUGAAGAUUAACAAGUUCUCCAUACUAGCACAUUCAGCGGGAGCCGUCUACGCUCUUGCAACAUCGCUGCGAAUGCCACAACACAUACGUGGCAAAGUGCACUUACUUGCGCCUUGGAUACCCCCGUCGCAAAUGGCGCCUAUCGGUAUUAGCCAGGACAGCCCACCAACACAGCAACUUCCGAGAUCGCAACGCUUCCUCCGCGCUCUACCUCCAUCGCUUCUCAAGGUAGCAAAUUCAACCUUCCUGAGUGCUACGAGUGCCAGUCUCCAACGCACCGGACCCAAGACCGCGCCUAAGACAAGGCGGAAAAGCAUCGUACCUUCGCCAGUGCCAAGCCAGACUGCCACAAGGCCACCACUAAAAGAUACGCACCGACACUCCAUGAUGAUGAUGGACCAGGUUUUGCCGAAUGCCAGUACCUUGACUCUGGCAAAUUCGCCGUGUCAGAAUGACGAAGAGGUGCAGCGCAUGCAGGAAAUGCUCAGUAUAGCUGAACGCGAACGUCAGCGUGCUUUCGAUGAGCGUCUUACUUUUGCAAUCUGGGACCGUGCAACGGCGAACGCCAAUCCCGCCACUGAUCUCAUCGUCUGUCUGGAAACUAAGCAAAGUAUUGGUUUCCGAUACGAAGACAUCAAUCGCCCAGUGGUCAUCCACCAUGGAUCCAAGGACUCACGCGUACCAGUCGACAAUGUGCGAUGGCUAGGCAAGCUAAUGCGAAAAUGCGAGGUCCGCAUCUUGGAAGGCGAGCAGCACGGACUCAUGGCUAGCGCGCAGGUCAUGGGCAAUGUGCUCACGGAGAUGGCGAGUGAUUGGGAGGACUGGAACAACGCCACACGAUAUUCGAGCGACCGUACCGUCUCAAGGAGACGGACAACCGAAAAGCUGAAGACACAAGUAAGCUUCACUAAUUAG